AAUCUACUCCACAGCUCGUUUUCGAUCGAUCGAUCCCAUCCAUGGCGUCGUCUCCCAGGCUCCCCCUCUUCUUCCUCCUGCUCGCCGCGCUGGCCGCGGCGGCGCCAGCGCAGGAGUACUGCCGGGACUCGCUGGCCGGCCUGACGGACUGCCGGAGCUUCAUGAUCGGCAGCGCGCCGGCUGCAUCGGCCGCGUGCUGCGCGGCGUACAGCGCCGCCUUCAACGCCGACCCGUUCUGCCUCUGCUACGUCGCCGACGGCACGUACGGGCGCGCCACGGGCUACGACGUCGACGUCACCCGCGCGCUCCAGAUCCCCGAGAGCUGCGGCCAGGCCGCGCCGCCCGUCGAGCUCUGCAACAGUAAGUAGCCGCGCCGCCCUCUCGUCCCCGCCUCCGAUCUCUGCAGUGUGACUACUGUGUUUUCUGA